AAAUCCAGAAACUGACACGACAACCACCAUGCCAACGUUCAAUUCAUGCCUUGUCUUCUCCGUAACGUUGUUCGUCACUCUUAUCCUCCUCGCCUUCUUUGCACAUCAGCGAAACCACGUAGCUCUGCUUUUACCCGCCAUCAACGUCUUACCUUCCGAGGACCAUCUCAAAAUUCUCGACUCCGCAAAGGAACAACAUAGUACUCUUUCAUUCACGCCUUCGCAAGAUGUGAACGUUACCAUUGUCAAAGCAACACCCCUUCUCAUUAAAAAGAAAAGGAAUUUGAGUAACAACAGUUUAACGAGAAUUGAAGAAGACUUGGCUGAAGCAAGAGCAGCUAUCCGCAGAGCGAUACAAAGGAGAAACUUCACCUCAGAAAAAGAAGAGAUUUUUGUUCCCAGAGGAAACAUUUACAGAAAUGCUUAUGCUUUUCAUCAAAGUCAUAUAGAGAUGUUGAAGAGAUUCAAAGUGUGGACUUACAGAGAAGGCGAGACACCCUUGGUCCAUAUGGGGCCCAUGAGUUCGAUUUACGGCAUCGAGGGACACGUAAUAGCUGAAAUGGACAACAUAACGGGCCCAUUCUCGGCCCGCCAUCCAGACGAAGCCCACGUGUUCAUGCUACCCAUAAGUGUGGCCCAAAUCGUAAGGUAUUUGUACAACCCUCUCACCACGUACUCUCGAGACGAACUGAUGCGGGUCACCAUUGAUUACGCCAACAUCAUAGCCACCAGGUACCCAUACUGGAACAGAAGCACUGGUGCAGAUCAUUUCUUAGCUUCUUGUCAUGACUGGGCUCCGGAUAUUUCACGAGAGAAAUCUGGGCAAGAGCUUUUCAAGAACUUGAUAAGAGUGUUAUGCAAUGCCAACACUUCUGAAGGAUUCAAGCCGGAGAAAGAUGUGUCGAUGCCUGAAAUGAACUUACAAGGUUAUAAGUUGAGUUCGCCGAUUCCUGGUCAUGAUCCUAGUAAUCGUUCUGUACUUGCUUUCUUCGCUGGAGGGGCUCAUGGUAGGAUUAGAGAGAUAUUACUUGAACAUUGGAAAGACAAAGAUGAAGAGGUUCAAGUGCAUGAGUAUCUUCCUGAAGGCAUCGAUUAUCAUGGUUUAAUGGGACAGAGCAGGUUUUGCCUGUGCCCUAGUGGAUAUGAAGUGGCGAGUCCUCGAAUUGUGGAGUCUAUCAAUGCAGGAUGUGUUCCUGUAAUUGUUUCAGAUUACUAUCAACUUCCGUUUAGUGAUGUUCUUGAUUGGAGUAAGUUUUCGUUGCAUAUUCCAUCGAAAAGGAUAACUGAAAUCAAGACAAUACUGAAAAGUGUUCCUCGUACUAAGUACUUGAAAUUACAGAAUAGAGUGAUGAAAGUUCAGAGACAUUUUGUGCUGAAUCGACCGGCUAAGUCGUUUGAUGUGUUUCAUAUGAUUCUUCAUUCAAUAUGGCUCAGGCGACUAAACAUCAGACUAUACCCCAUUGAUAUUUGACACUUCACCACUUUAUAAAGAUUAAUAAAAUGUGCAUUGUGUAAACCAUAGAGUAGAUAGAUCUUGGAGUAAAUUUAACAUAGACAAAACAUCAAAC